AUGGUACCCAAACGCCAGAAGCUUGAUGAUGUUAGCGAGGAUGAAGUCGUUCAGCUUGAACUAGAAGGGUUUUCACCACAACCGGAAGAUCGCGAUGGAAUUAUCCAACUCUUAAAACAGGCCAUGCCCAAGGACUCAAAUUUGUCUCUUGGUGGUAUCGCAGAUUAUAUAAUCGCUCACAGUACGGUUGGUACUGUCGUCAAAAAUUGCUUUGACGAUGCAGAAUUGGAUGCUGCAGUCAGUGAUGAUGACAACAUUAUAUUUUCGUUGACAACUGUUGUUAGCCUCACUAACUCUGCGGCUUCUCGCUCCUCUGUUAUUUCCGACCUGCGAGUGUUUUUAAAUAGUUUCUUGUCUCGUGCCGGCUUGCAAACUCAAGAUUCCAGAGUUAUAUCUAAAAUCCUCUCAGGUGCCUCCUCUCAGAAGCCAGCCCUCCUUCUGAACGAGCGUUUUGUAAAUCUCCCUCCUUCUAUCGCUGCCCAAGCUGUUGCUGCUCUUCCCUCAGAGGUCCAAAAUCUGCCAGAUGAUGAACGACCCACACAUUUGAUCAUAUUAACCAGAGCCCUAAGGUCUGAACCGUCUAAUGACCUUAUUUAUGUUCAACCUGAAAUGGAAAUUGUUAGGAAGGUCGCCAUAGCUGCUGUCGAAAUUAUUUCUGUGGACUCAACAGUAGAUGAAGAAACAGAGACGAUUACAUACGUAAUCAUGGCAAUUGACUUCAAUAGCCUCCCGGAGAUCCUGGAAUUGCUUGCUGAUGCACCGUAG